CAAAAAGAUAUGGGCUGUUGUGUGAAAUUUGGAUUGUAUUCAGCAGGAUUCGUUGGGAUUAUUUAUAUGAUAAUCUAUUUCAUAAAUCAGAGUUCACUACCCAGUGGGGUUAUUAGGCUAAAUACUAGCUUUAAUGGCACUGCAGAUGUGUAUAUGGAAGAGAAUGGAGCUGCAAGGAUAGUGGCAGAGAAUGAGCAAGCGGCUCUUUAUGCUAAUGGAUAUGUUCUUGCUUCCAGGAGGCUAUGGCAACUUGAGUAUUUAAGAAGAUUAGCUCAAGGAAGAAUGAGUGAGAUUUUUGGAGAUGAUACUUUUCUGAAGGAAAGAACGGUCCAUUAUGAUUCAGCGAUUCGCACUCUUGGAUUAACUUCUUCCUGUCAAUCACCAUAUCCACACAUGGCACCUUACAUACAGGGUAUAAAUGAUUACGCUUUGACACACAUUUUUCCUACUGAAUUCCAUUCAUUCGAUAUCAUCUUUCAGAACUGGACAGAGACUGACUCCUGAACUAUUGAGAAAUUGGUAAGAUUCUCAGGGGUUGGAGACUGGGGUGUUGAAAUUCUCAAAGAUUUCAGAACUGCUAUUACUCAGAACAAAGACCUAGUAACACAAAAUGCAGAUUCAGAAGAUAUGAGCAUUGGAGUUAUCAAUAAAGAAGAAUUUGAAGCACUUGGAAUCAAGAAUCAAUCAAAAAGCCCCCAAAAAGAUCCAAAUUUUCAAAAUUCUGCAGAAGCUUAUCUAAAAGAGACUAUUGAUAACAUUGUAAGAGAGAUUGAAGGAUUUGGAAUUAAUGGAGGCAGCUCCUGGGUUAUCAGUGGCGAACAUACUGCCUCAGGAAAGCCUAUUAUUGCUAGCGAUACUCAUACUGCCAAUACUCUACCAUCAGCUCUCUAUUUUUGGACGACAGAAUAUCCUAAUGGUAGAUUUAUUAGCGGAUCUACUGUUCCAGGAAUACCUUACUACUUGAAUUUUGUUACUGAGAAAGUUGCUGUGGCAGGAACUUCUAUUCCAGCAGAUACAAUAGAUAUCUACAAAGAAAAGAUUAUUGGAGACGAAUACGAAUAUGAGAACAAGCUCUAUCCCCUCACAACCAGAGAAGAGAUCAUUAAAGUAAGAAGUAAUGAAGAUGUUGUCCUGAAGAUUAACAGUACAAGGCAUGGCCCACUGAUGACAAAGAGUAUCAAGGCUCUAGCCAGUAUUUCAAAAUGGACCCCAGCUAUUCUACCAAGUGGUGAUUAUUCGUUCAAAUGGAUUGGAAGUCUAAGUCAAGAUGGAAGUUCUUUCGAUUCUCUAAGGGCUAUUAAUAAUGCUCAAUCAGCUGAAGAGCUACUUGACCUAAUCAAAGCUUCACCAAGUCUUAAUCAGCAUGUUAUUUUCUGUGAUAAUCUUGGAAAACACGGGAAUAUUGGAUAUGCUCCAAUGGGAUCAUAUCCCAAACGUAAAAAUGGUGAAGGCCAUACUAUUUCAAGAGGUUGGAUAAAUGAAAAUGAAUGGAACUCAGAUAUUCCAGCAGACUCAAAACCAUACCUUUUUAACCCAAAGAAGGGAUAUAUUGUGACUGGAAACAAUCCUAUUACUUCUCAGGAAGUCAACAGUGAAAUUUCUUCCUUUACGCUUGGAACUGCUCGAGCAUACAGAAUCACAGAGAUGGUAGAAGAAUUAAUUCAUACUAAAAGUGGAAAAAUCAGUUAUAAAGACGUCACAAAUAUCUUUGGAGACAAGAAGGAUUCUUUAUGUCCCAAGAAGAAAGAGAGCUUCAAGGCAGCUAAAGUCUUCAUGGAGGCGAAUAACACUCAAGAUAAAGAGGCUGAAGAGAUUAUUGAUAAGAUUGAUAAGUGGGAUUGCCAAUUCGAUAAGGACUUAUCAGAGCCUCUAUACUUAACCUUUUGGGAAUAUUUCUUCAGAAGCAGUUUUAUGGCAAAUAAAUUCAUGGACUAUCCGUCGGCACAUAUGAAGAUUUUCUCACAUCCUGAUUUUGAGAUGAACUACAUGAAUUUGUACAGUAAUAUCUCAGAGAAUCCAAACAAAUUUUCGCAAUAUUGUACUUCAUAUGCCAAUAUGACUACUCAUUCUUGUGCAGAGAAUAUGUACUGGGCGCUAAAUCAUACUAUUCGUUACAUGAAAAGAUUCCGCUCGUUAUCAACUCAAUGGGGUGAUCUACAUUUAAUCCAGUACAAUUCAUUAGCCUACACAAAUGAAUUCUGGCGUUCGCUUUAUAAUAAAGAAGUCCGUGAUAAUGGGAAUGGCAACACAGUAGCUUUCUCUUCAGUCAACUUUGACAGGUUUAGAGGAAGAUAUUCACAGAAUUUAUAUGACUUUCUGUUUGAUCCUCCAAAGGAAUUUGCUGCUGCCUCCUCUGUAGGCGCCAGAAUUGUCUCAACUAUGGAUGGCACUUUACAGUGGAGUUUGAGUACUGGAAUUUCAGAAAGUUUGCUCUCGGGUCAUUAUUUUGAUAUGAAUGCAGAUCAUAUAAACCAAGAAAUGACCAAUACUACUGGAAUCAAGGAAGUUAAGGAGAAAUGGCAGUUUAGAAUUAUUUUUGGCGAUCAUGAGGUUGAAAAGAAGGACGAUCUUUAA